UGUGAGAAAAGUACGGCCUCCUUGUAACCAAAAGAAAAAGUUGAUUACGAGAUUUUGGUUUUCCCUCCCCUUCAGUAACCAGUUACUUGGUUACCAACUCAUGACCAUCUCUAAUGGCUAAUCAACCACCCCCAACAACAAAUACGCCAACAACAGCGAUCGAGGAAAUUCCUCCAGCGUCCGGCAACACCUCCGCGUUCACUCUUCUAACCCGUAUUGGCAAAGGUUCUUUCGGAGAAGUGUUCAAAGGUAUUGACAAUAGGACCCAGCAAGUUGUUGCCAUCAAAAUAAUUGACCUUGAAGAAGCUGAAGAUGAAAUUGAAGAUAUUCAGCAGGAAAUUAUGGUUCUAUCUCAAUGCGAUUCACCUUAUGUUACAAAAUACUAUGGAUCAUACCUGAAGGGAACUAAAUUAUGGAUCAUCAUGGAAUAUCUUGGUGGGGGUUCAGCUUUAGAUUUAAUGAAAGCUGGUAACAUCGAAGAAAAUUUGAUUGCUGUUAUCCUCCGAGAAGUUCUCAAAGGAUUAGAUUACUUACAUUCAGAAAGGAAAUUACACAGAGAUAUCAAAGCUGCUAAUGUUUUGCUUUCAGAGCAAGGUGAUGUAAAAUUGGCAGAUUUCGGAGUAGCCGGACAAUUGACUAAUACAACCAACAAAAGGAAUACAUUUGUAGGAACUCCUUUUUGGAUGGCUCCUGAAGUUAUAAAACAAUCUAAUUAUGAUUCUAAGGCUGAUAUUUGGAGUCUCGGUAUUACCGCAAUAGAAUUGGCAAAAGGAGAACCGCCUAAUUCUGACUUACAUCCAAUGAGAGUUCUCUUUCUUAUACCCAAGAACAAUCCACCUCAACUUACAGGAAACUAUAGUAAACAGUUUAAGGAAUUUGUCGAAGCUUGCCUCAACAAGGAUCCCGAAAAUAGACCAUCAGCCAAGGAACUUCUCAAAUUUCCAUUCAUCCGUAAAGCCAAGAAAAAUUCUCAUUUAAUUGAUUUAAUAGAACGAUAUAAAAGGUGGAAGGCUGCUGGUGGCGGUCAAAGUGAUAGUGACUCUGAAGCCUCUGACUCUAGCGAUGACUCUAAGAACAAUAGUGAAGGUGAUAAUCUUAACUGGGACCUAACUAUUAAACCCCAGAUCAGUCCAUUUAUUUUGAAUAAAUCGGGUACAGUGAAGGAUUCUGAGCUUUCGUCCUUAUCAAAUUCCCAUAAAGAAACCUCUUCCGUAUCGUCUUUCCUAUCCUCUUCCACAUCUUCCACAUCAUCCAACAGCGCCAAGUCUCAAAUUAAUGGUGUCUCCAAGGUAUCUACUAAAAUAAAUGUUACUCCAAAGAAAACCGUUGACGUCAAAACGAAGCCUAAGAAUGGUGAUGCUAAAAAUGGCAAUGCCUCUAAAAAUGUUAAAGAAAAGAUAAAAGACGAGAUACCUGUUGCUAAAUCGUCCAAGGAUAAAUACCGUCCAAGAAGUCCCACAACUCCAUUAACUUCAACAGUAUCUUCUGUUGAUAGUAAUGCUUCCAAAAAUAGUAAUUUUAGUAGUUCAUCAUCACCUGCACGGGAACACCGAAUGAAACCAAACCCACUAGUACAAUAUUCAGACAAAUUUGAUUCUGAUGUAUCUGAAAAGUAUAGUUCUACGGACAAUCCAUCUUGCUCCUAUGUUACCCCAACCUUCCCUAAUAAUCGUAAAACUCCUGGACGCACAGACAAAGACUUAGAUCAAGUGACCAGUAAAUUAGAGAAGGCAAAUUUGUUAAAAUCUUCUUACACGACAAUGAUUCUUAAUCCAGUUUUCAACGAGCUGAAAGCGAAAUACUCCAGAAAUAGUUUAGGAACAAAAAGUGCUAAAGCUGAAACAAUUGAUGAACUCAGACGCGCCUUUGACCUCGCAGAGCAAAUAUACCCGGGAGUGAGUGAUUUUUUUGUCAAAGAAGUUUUAUCAAGCCUGAGCAAUCGGCCAAUUGAUGAAAAUAUUUCAUUUUCGAGUAAAUCGGCAUCAUCGUCUUCAUCAUCUUACAAUCAAAGUAAUAUCAGUAAGAUUGUAUCAUCACCGUCUCAUUCUUCUUCGUCAUCUUCCUCUGUUGCCUCUUCGCCCUCAUCUCAUUAUCCUCCACGUCCAGUUGUACCGAACCCAGUUUACAACAAAACAUCUCUUCGUGGUAAUGACAAUUACAUGUAACAUAUCUAUACAGUAAGAUUUAAAAAAAACAUAAAAAUAAUGCAUUGCAGAUUGGAAUUGUCUUUGACUGACAAAAAGUGAAACAUAACAUGAGACAUGUUUUUCAUCGUCAUCAUAUCGAAACUGAGAAGCAAAGAGAAGUGAAAAAGGAAUUACAAUGCAUAUAUCACUCCAGAUUCUCUUCUCAAUAUCAUAAUGAAAAGCAACUAAAAUGCAUUAUCAUCAUGGAUCAAUCAUUUUUGGAAUCCCUCCGUUUCUAUAAAAGUCUAUUUAUUUAUUCCGUGAAUAGCAAUACAAGAUUGCACAUUGGAUAUUUGGAAAGCUUAAAUUAGCAAAAACAAAGAGCAAUUAAAGUGGUCUAUGUCAUCCUUGCCUACGAAGAAAAUAUGAAUACUUUUCAAAUUACAGAAGUUUAAUUAUAAAGCAUCAACAAAUCGGUUCAGUAUUCGGAAAAAAAAGAUGUAAUUAACCAAAUUAAUAAUUCCAUGGCAACUUAUUUUAAAUCUUUUUACAUUUCAUAGUUACAGCUAUAGUGUUUUUUAUACAAUAUCUUAAUAUUGCUUUUCUAAAGCAUGUUGUUUAUGUGAUUAUCUUAUUAUAUUAUUAUUAUAAUUACUAUUAUUUGUCAUCAAAAAGAUUGUAAAAAAUCAAAGGAAGUACAACAUUUUUUCUUCUAUGUCUUGUUAACAACUAACAUGCCUAGAUAUUUUCUGUCAAUAUGUGACCAUGAAAGAAAGAUAAUUGUUAUUGACUACCGGUGAAAACAUUUAGCUUAAAAUCAAAGAUACUUUGAAUAAAUACAAUUUUAGGUUCAAGAUGAAUCGAAAACCCUAAUAAAAAAUAAACAUCAGAUAUGUUA